AUGCUUGGGCCUUUUAGAGCAACUAUGGUGGAUAUGGGCAGUUUGCUCUGGAAAAGACCUUGGAGGCUUUCAAAAACUCAAAAGUUUAGACAGAGAAAGAGACUGCAGCAAGUGGAUGAAAACAUUGAAAAUUUAUAUGAAGGGAUGAAGAGCAACGGAAUGAGUGCCAAAUCCAUUGAUCAUCUUAUGUUCGAAUUUCCAAAGGAGAAGGACAUGGAACCAAAAGACAAAUAUACCGUUUUUGACAAGCAUUCAAAAGGAUAUAGAAAAGCUAUUCAUUUUGUUCCUAAGUGGACAAAGAUCUCGCUGAGAAAAAAUCCAAAGAACUUCUAA